CUCUUUCUCCGCCCUCGCCACUUGGGCCUCUUCACUUUCCCAUGCUCUAUUGACAGGGUUCCGAUCUGGGAACGAUGGCCGUUGAUCUGAUGGGGUACGCCAAGAUGGACGACCAAAUCGCCAUCCAAGAGGCGGCAGCCGCCGGGAUCCGCUCCAUGGAGCACCUCAUCAGCCGUCUCUCCCAGCAGCAGCAGCUGGACUGCCGCGAUAUCACCGACCACGCCGUCUCCAAGUUCAAGAAAGUCAUAUCGAUUCUCAACCGCACCGGCCACGCCCGCUUCCGCCGCAGCCCCACGGCGCCGCCACCUGCGGAGCCGUCGGUCGAGCCGUCGCUCCCCGAAGCAGCGAAGACCCUGACCCUCGCCCCGAUCCCGCUCCGGGUAAAGCCUCCCCACCAUCCUCUGCCGCCACCUUCCCGACCGUUGACACUGGACUUCACCGAGCCGGUCGCCACCUGCGAGGUGUCGGCACCGAGCCGGUUCAGUAAGGAGUGCUUCAGCAUCUCGAAGCCGAUGUCUUCCGCGACAUCCUCGUUCAUGUCGUCCGUCACCGGCGACGGCAGCGUGUCGAACGGCAGGCCAGGCGCCUCAUCCUUCCUCCUCCCCCCGCCUGCGGCGGCCGUAUCCGCCGGAAAGCCUCCAUUCUCGUCCACAAUCAGUCGGCGGUGCCACGAGCACGGCCACACCAACUCCGAGCACGUCGCCGGCAAGUACGCCAUCCCCGGCUCUCGCUGCCACUGCUCCAAGAGAAGGAAAUCACGGGUGAAGCGGACGAUACGCGUGCCGGCAAUAAGCUCGAAGCUGGCCGACAUCCCGCCGGACGAGUACUCGUGGCGCAAGUACGGACAGAAACCGAUCAAGGGAUCUCCAUAUCCCAGGGGUUACUACAAGUGCAGCACGCUGCGUGGAUGCCCGGCGAGGAAGCACGUGGAGCGGGCGCCGGACGACCCCACGAUGCUGAUCGUCACGUACGAGGGCGAGCACCGCCACACUCUGAGCGCCGCCACCGUCCCGGCGCCCGAGCCCGUCACCGCCUCCGCCUCCGCCAUCUGAGGGCGCCGAUCAUCUCCUUCAGGCUUCCAUGUAGCCAUAUCCCCUUUCUUUUUCCCUCUCUCUGGACCGAAGAGAUGCUCCGAUGAUAUCUGUCAAAAUGUUUCAUUUUUUUUUACGUUGGCAAAGAAAAGAAAAAAAAAGGAGGAAAUUUUGACUCGA